GGUUAUCUGAUGUUGCAGUUAUCGAAUUUUGUUUGCUAACUGAAAUGUAAACAUGUUGCAGUUAUCGAACGUCUACUGUUGUUACCUAUUAUUGGUACAUUUUUAAGCUUUAUUGGUUAACUCUAUACGAGCGUUUCCAGGAAAAUAUUCCUAUUUGACUGACGUUUAUUAAACUUAAUAAUUCAAAAAAAAUGGACGAAUAUGUCAAAUAUAGUGGUCUUUGAUUACUAUUUGACUCUACUAAAAUAUGUCUAAAAGGAAACCUUGAAACACCACUGUGACAGUCGGUUCGUCGGUGUAACUAGCGCCUGCUAGUGACGGAAUCUCGCGUCAAGCCUUUGACUUACAAAACAGUUGUGACGAAGAAAUAAUUUUUCUAUGUGCUCAGCGAUAUAUAAAAUAUAACAUUUGUAAGUUUUCUAGCGCUGGCUGUUGGUGGAACUUCGAAUGAAACGGAAGGACUAGUCCAAUAGCUUAAGCCAAUGUGUAUUGUAUGUUGCUUUCACAACAAAACGCGCCACUUUGAAUAGGUCGUAAGUUUGUUGUGAUUCCUGUGUAGAUUCGAACUAUUCAAAUCGAACACCAGAAAUAUUGGUCGUUCACACCAACAGUGUACUCACAACUGUUGCGAUAAGAAUAACAAGUUUAAUACGAUCAAGCAUGGUAUUCUGAAGGCAACAGUUCUUUCUCCUCCAACACCAACAAUAACAAAAUAAUAAAUAAACUCAAAAUAUAUAAAACAUACGGUGAAAGUUCUUGUUUUAUUUGCGUCCCAUCCAUAACAACGUUCCAACAGCUUAUAUUCUGGACCUAUGCAUGUUUUAUUUCAGCAAUCGCUUCAAAAUGCCGAAAAUAAAAAAGCAGUCGUGUCUGCAGAAAGCAAAAAAAAGAAAAUGUUACGAUAAAAUUCGAAGUGUAGUGGCUUUUUCUGAGUGUGACAGUGAUCAGUGUGACAACGUUAGUGAGAAGAUGAUUAGUCGUGGUACAGGAAAUUGUUCUGAGGAGAGGAGUGCAGAAUCAACAAAGCAGGCGAUUGUCAACUGGAGUGCAAACACACGGAAGGAGAAAAAUAAGCAAACCAUGAAGAUAAAACGAAGUGUCAACGCAGAAUACAGCAAACAGGAACAUGCUAAAAAUAAGCAGAGAAUGAAGGAUAUGCGAAUGAAGAAUGCAUAUAAGGAAUGUGAAAGGGAGAAAAAUUCACAAAGAAUUGCAGAAAUACGAUCCAAAGAGGAGUAUAAAGAACAAGAGAAAAAGAAAAAUGCACGAAGGAUGGCCGAAAUGAGAAAUAAUGAGGAAUACAAGCAGCAAGAGAAACGUAAGAAUUCGCAGAGGGUGAUGAAAAGCAGACAGCAGGAGAAUUACACACAAACAGAAAAUAAGAAAAACAGGCAAAAGAUGGCAGAAGUAAGGAAAGAUGAAAAUUACAAACAGCAAGAGAAUCAGAAAAAUGCUCGAAGAAUGACAGAAAUGAGGAAGCAUAAACAAUAUAAGGAGGAAGAGAAUCAGUUAAAUGCACAACGGAUGGCAGAGACAAGAAAAGAUGACGACUACAAACAACAAGAGAACCAGAAAAACGCACUAAAGAUGAAAGAAACAAGACAAAAUCAUGAUUACAAACAGCAAGAGGCUCAGAAAAACGCACAACGGAUGACAGAAAUAAGGAAAAAUGAUAAUUACAUGCAGAGAGAGAAACUGAAUAAUUUGCGGAGGACUGCAAAUUUAAGAAGACAGGAAGAUUACAGACAGCAAGAAAAUCAGAAAAAAAUGCAGCGAAUGACGGAAACAAGAAAGGAAGAAAACUACAAGCAACAGGAAAAUCAGAUAAAUUUGAGAAGGGUGGCUGAAAAAAGAAAACACGAGGACUAUAGGCAGCGUGAGAAACAUGUAAACUUGCAAAGGAUGGCGAAAAUGAGAAAAGUUGAGACUUAUGUCCAGCAAGAGAGACAGAAAAAUUUGCAGAGGAUAACGAACCUUCGUAAUACAGAUGAAGAGUUCUCUUGCCAGGAGAAAGCACAAAAUAGAGAACGAAUGAAGAAGAUUCGAACAGAUUUGCAAUAUGUUCAAAAGGAAUAUAUCAGCAAUAUUGAGCGCAUGCAAACUAUCCGAGAUGAUGAAAUGCUGAGGAUCGCUGAAAGGCAAAAAGAUCGACAAAGUAGGCGUGAAAAACGGAGUUCUGACAUAUUAAGACAUCGAGAUGCUUUAUACAACAACUUGAAGCGACAUGAGGCUGACCAAACUUCAGUUGAACUUUUGGCAUUUAUCGAUAGCAGAAAAGAAGUGCCAUUGUGCGUCUGCUCUUGUUGUGAACGCAUGUUUUUUGAAAGAGGCCUUAAAAAAAUCACGCGUGAAAAGGUGAUUACCCUCAUGGCUUUGAAAAGUCUGGAAAAUAAAACGCACAUAAUAUAUUGGGCUAAUUCUCACGUUUUAAAUAACUAUGAAGAAGGCAGACAAAAUUAUCUCUGUCACACAUGUCAUAAGUACGUAAGCACUGGUAAAAUACCUAAACUUUCAAGCAGUAAUGGAUUAAAACUGGCUGCAGUCCCGGAAUGUUUGGAACAAUUAAAUCCCAUUGAGGAACGUAUCGUCUCACCGUUUGUGCCAUUCAUCAAAAUCAUUAUGCUAAAUCAUCGAGCUUCAAAUCCACAAGUUGGCGCUCAAGGUAGUGUGAUCUAUGUUCCUACUGAUGUCAAUGAAAUGGAGCAGUCCCUUCCUAGGAACAUUAACAAUAUAAAUAUGAUAGCCAUACCAGUGGAGUUUAAAAGGCACAUGGGACAUGCAUCAAGCUAUCUGAAAGGACUGGUUCGUAAGGAAAAAGUUGAAGCAGCUGGCAGAUACUUGCAGGAAACGGAACUGUAUAAGAAGUAUGGAAUUCGUUUCUCGGAAAAUGCCGAUGACGUUUUGGGCAUAAACGACGAUGAUCAAAACUAUAGCAUGAACGAAUUUGAAGAUGACAGUGUUGAUCGAGAAGCAGGUAUUAACAUAGACGAAGAAUUCGCUAAUUUAUUGCAGGAAGGAGACGACGAAUGCUUGCUGAUUGAUUUAAAUGAGGUAGCUGCCCAAAAUACUGUUGUAAUAAUGGCUCCUGGACAAAACCAGAAACCGGUAUCACCAUACAGUAACCCGGACAUAGAAUAUCUUUGUUUUCCAAAAAUUUUUGCUGGACAACCACGGAAUUUGUCAGACAAAAACAUAACAUACAACGAUAUCAUAAAAUGGGAAAUUCGGAAUUACAAGAACAGAAUUGAACCGCGGCGUAUACUUCACCUUUCAAAGAAAAAGCUGCUGAAUGAAUCGUACAAUUCUAUAAAAGUUGCCAUUCGGAAGAAGAAAAAUGCAAAACAUGUUACGGCCCAAGAGGCACUGCAGCCAGAUUACAUUGGAGGUUUAUUAUCGUUCGACAAUGGAUUAAGAUUCAUGGAUCAAAUGCGAUGUGCCCCAGCGUAUAUGGAGCAUAAAAAGAAAGUUUUAUGUGGACUCAUGCGACAAAUUGGUACUCCUGUAUUCUUUCUCACGGUAUCUGCAGUUGAAACAAAUUGGCCAGAAUUGAUUCAAGGUCUAGUAGAGUAUACAUCAGGAAUGAAAAUUAGUUUGUAUGAUGCAUUGAAUUUACCAUACGAGAAAAAAGCAAAACUGGUAAAGGAAAAUUCCGUAUUUACUGCAAUGUAUUAUGACAACAAAAUCAAGAACUUGAUGAAGUUAAUUAACAAAUCAGAAGGAGGAAUUUUCGAAACAUUCAAGGUCACCGACUUCUUCCGCAGACGGGAAUUUCAACAGCGAGGAUCACCUCAUGAUCAUAUAUUGUUGUGGAUUGACAAUGCACCUAAAAUAGAUCGUGAUGACAGCAGCACUUUUGACCUAGUCAUACAGUUUGCAGACAAGCACAUAACGUGCGAAUUUGACGAGAAAAAUCCAUUUUGUAACUAUUUGCGACACAAGCAUACCUCCACAUGCAGUAAAGGAAAGAAAAAUAAAAACAUCUGUAGAUUCAAUUUCCCCAAAUUUGUAAUGCCACGGACAGCGAUUCUUGAACCGUUAUCCAAAGAGGAAAGAACUACUGAAGUGAAGUCCAAUCUGGAAAAAAUCAAAAACCUGAUGGAGCAGUUCUAUGUGAGUAAAGAAAGAAUUGUCAAAAGUUUUGAUGAAGUUUUGGAGCACCUUCAAAUGUCAGAGGAGACGUAUUUAACAGCUUUAAGGAGUUCUAUUAAUAAGCUGACAAUCUUUUAUAAGCGCAGGAGUUGUGAGGUAGAUAUCAAUACUUACAAUCGAAUAAUUCUCAAUUUGAUGGAAUCAAAUGUCGAUUUGCAACUUGUUGUGGACGAAUAUGCUGUUGCAUCGUACAUUGUGGAUUAUGUGGCGAAAGGAGAAGCAGGGCUUUCAAAAGGACUGAAAGACCUUCAAACUGAACUAAACAAAGGAGAUCGUAAUCUACAAGAUCGGUUACGGUGCAUAAUGAACAAAUUCCUGAACGGGCACGUGAUAUCAACAUCAGAAGCAGUAUACCAUUGCUUGGGGACACCUAUAACAGAGUUCAGUCGGUCUGCUAUAUUCAUAAAUACUGGACGCAGUGAUGAAAGGGUUGCGUUCUUAAAAACAACUAAGCAGUUGCAAGCAAUGGAUCCUGAUUCAACUGACAUCGUGGGAAAAGAUAUUCUCAAACAUUAUUCUGAACGAAAAGCUUUGGAUGAUAUAUGCUUGGCGGAAUAUGCUGCAUAUUAUUUUCAAACAGCUAAAAAAACAAGACGAGACAAGAAUUUGGAUUCGGACGAUGAAGCUGACGAAACAGACACGGAGAAAGAUGACUCUGAACAUAAACGCCGUAGGAAGGCUCGAAUUGUACGGCACGUGCGGUAUAAGUAUGAAAAAGAUCCGGACAACUUCUUUCGUGAACAACUGCUGCUGUUUCUUCCAUGGAGAAAUGAAGAGGAGGAAAUUGAAUCAAUUAACUGGAGCGCCAAGUUUUAUGAAAACAAAGAAUUGAUCGAAAGGAAUCGCGAUAACCUGUUUAAGCUGUCUAGCGAUAGAUUGGAUGAUGCUAUGCUAGUAGCUGAGCAACACAGACAAGUAGCUGAUGCAGACGAAAUAGAAGAUUUUGAGAAUAAUCAAAUUCCAAAGGAACAAGAGAUCGAUAUAUUUGUGCAAGUGGGCAUAGAUCGUCCAAAAAGUAAUGUGCCUUUCAUUUACACUGCCCCUCCGAAAAUACACGAAAACAAUCUCUUUGAUAUGCUUUGUAAGUUGAACGAGCGGCAGAGGGAAAUCGUUAUGCAUAUCUAUAAGUCAUUCAGCACUGGAAAGUUACCUCUUCGAAUUUUCAUUUCGGGAUCUGCUGGAGUGGGUAAAAGCAUGGUUAUUUCAACUAUUUUCCAGCUGAUAACAUAUCAUUUGGAAUAUUCAACAACAGUUCUGAGAGACCAAAGUACUGAUUCCAUUAAAGUUUUGCUGUGCGCGUUUUCUGGAAAAGCCGCCUUUCUGAUCGGAGGUAACACAUUACACUCUGCAUUUGCUCUACCACUACAAGAAAAUGCUAAAAUGUCGGAUUUACCCAUGGAUGUUGCCAAUAAUUUAAGACAACAACUGAAAGACUGCAAAUUGGUUAUAGUAGAUGAGAUAUCUAUGGUUGGAAGCACCAUUUUUAGUCGGAUUGAUACAAGGUUACAGCAAAUCACUGGAGUAAAUGAAACCUUUGGUGGAUUGUCGGUAAUCACAGUAGGCGAUUUUCUUCAAUUACCACCUGUAAAAGAUUCAGCCAUCUUCUUCACUCCAAAGCACAGUCUCAUUAAAACGAACAUCUCACCAUUAUGGGACGAAUUUAACCUUUAUGAGUUGACAGAGGUUAUGCGACAGAAAGAUGAUUUGAGCUUUGUUAAAGCUCUGAAUAGUUUUGCUCGUGGAGAUAUGACCGACGAAGACAUCAAAAUCAUAAAAUCUAGAGAAAUAGAGGAACAUCAAGUACCAGAUGAAGCCAUCAGGCUUUACUAUACCAACGCCAACGUUGAUAAAUACAAUGACAAGAAGAUAUCGGAAUCACUCGCACCUGAAAUAGAGUGCAACGCUGUUGACACAAUUACAGGAAAAAUAAAACCAAAUCAAAUAGCUGCAAAGAUUAAAAUGUGGAGUGAACGCCCAACUAAGGAUUGUGGAGGAUAUCCAUAUAAAAUUCGGUUCAAACAAGGUAUUAAAUACAUGCUGACAGCUAAUCUUGACGUGUCAGAUGGAUUAGUUAAUGGAGCAACUGGAGUUUUGGAAUAUGUGUUUUGCAAUCCUGGGACAGAAAAACCCACUAUCAUAUUUUUAAAAUUCGAUUCUAAUAAUGUAGGCAGUAAGAUACGACAGCAAUAUAGGAAUUUCAUGGAAAACAACGGAAUCAACCUCAGUUGGACGCCCAUCCCUAGGAAACUAUACAACCUGACAACGCAUUUCCAGAAGGAUUACCAGAUGAUACGGGACCAGUUUCCAAUAGUACCCUGCGAAGCUCUAACUAUUCAUAAAAGUCAAGGUCAAACAUACAAACAUGUCUGUAUUGAUUUCAGGAAAUCUGGUAACCUUACCCGCCAGCUAGUGUAUGUAGAGCUUAGCCGCGUGACGAGUCUUUCAGGACUUUAUAUUUUAGGUAAUUUUCCAGGAAACAUGAAAAGUAAUCAUACAAUUGAUGCUUGUUUGAACGAAAUGAAUAGACUACGAAAAGAACGAUCAUUGUCACUUGCUUACAAUAAUUUAGUUGACGUAUCAGGACUCAAAGUAGUUUAUUUGAAUAUUCGGUCAUUACGAGCGAAUAAAAAGCACGUAAACGUGGACCCAUGGUAUUUCCGUUGUGAUGUAUUGAUUUUCUCCGAAACUUGCUUGUACGCUAAUGAAAAGGUUGAAUUUCCAGGAUUCGAUUUGGUUUAUCGUUCAGAUACUAUGAAAUAUCCAGAAUAUGUUAAAAAGAACAUUGCCAAAGGAAUUAUUUGUUUUGUAAGAAGCAGUUUAAAAGCAAACGUUGUCGACCAUUCUACCGAAUUCAAUGCAGAUCAAAAGGGACAUUACCACAGUCACAUAGAUUUGGUAAAAUUAGUAGUCAAUGGAAUCCUUAUAAUAAGUGGAUACAAAUCACCAAAAGUAAAUGUUUGUGAUUUUAAAGAUACAAUGGUUCGAUUUCAGUUGGAGGAAUCUUGUCCAACUAUUGUCAUAGGUGAUUUUAAUUUCAAUCUCAAUGAUAAAAAGAAUGCACAAGUCCAUGAGUUUAGUUCCUUUAUGAUCAGCCUUUCAUAUGUUUCAAAACUACCGACAACAGAAGCAACAACUAUUUUGGGUUCACGACUAGAUAUAGUGUACGCCAAUUUUGAAAAUAUUACUGCUGGAGUUUACGAAUGCUACUUUUCUGAUCAUAAACCAAUAUAUUGUAUUAUUUGUAGUGAGCAACCAUGCCUCAAUGAUGUGAACAAAAUUGAUAACUAUAAUAUUCAACUGUAUGAAAAGUCUUCCGAUAUAGUAUCCAUAGAUAGUAAAUCAAUAGCAUCUUGUGUGGACUUAUCAUCUAAAGGUAAUAGCAUCAGAUCUAGCAAUAGGAAUAUUGCAGAUUUAUCCUUUCAGUACAGUGAUGUUGAAUCAGAUUUAGAACAUUUAAAUAUACAUCACAACAUUAGAGAUUGGAUUAACUCAGUAGAUACGACCAAUGAUGCUUAUGAUAAUGGAAAUGAAAAAUUGCUCAAAAAUGUUCAACAGGUAUUCUAUAACGAUCCGUAUACAUUUACUAAUUCAGAAGAGUUGCUGGUAGCUUAUACAGAUAACAAUGUAAUGCGUUACAAAAGUGAUAUUGACCACAUUGCAAGCUACUUAAGAAAUUUACCUAUUAACAUUUUCAAAUGUAACAGAGAUAGACUAUUGUCAGUUCAUACAUUGAAUGGAUUCUUAGAGAUUCCAAUAACUGGAGAUGGUGGUUGCCAAUUUAAUGCGAUUUCGUAUGCAGUGGUAGGAAAUGAAAGUUUUUCUUUUGAUCUUAGAGCAAUUGCAUUCCAAACCGUAAUAGAAAACAUACAUCUCUUCGAUAAAAUCAAAAAUACCAUUGGUUUGGAAUCAGACACAUUGUUUAACCUUCUUCAGAUAUGUUGUUCAGAAAGAUUAUUCGGUAACCUUGACACCCUGUUUGCUCUCAGUAUGGCUCUUGAACGAAUUAUAUUUAUCAUGCUGCAUCACGAAAACGGAGAACAACGGUUUGUUAAAGUUGAACCACCAAGUUACAGUAAUACUGAUUUACCAAUAUUACUGCAUUUGACAAGACCAGGUCAAGCAGACGCACAUUAUAAUGUUCUCCUUCCAUCUGAUGUAAACACACCAUACGACUUUACAUGCUACGAUGUGUAUAACUUGAAUCAUAUAGUGAUGAGUUAAAGGACGUUGGUAUAACCUGCUAAAACAAAUCGUCAAUUAGAAAUAAACCAUAUUAGCUAAAAUCUUCUGAAACUGCUGAAAAUCAUAUUAGCUAAAGUCUUCUGAAAAUGAGAUGGGAGGGGCUGAAUACGGUUUACCGUGUUAGCUAAAACCUCCUAAAACGAUACAGAAGAGGCUGAAUAUGAUUCAACGACAGGUGAGGCUGAAUACGGCUUGCCCUGCGGCUUGACGUAUUAGCUCAAUCUCCUGAAUAAGACACAGAAGAGGCUGAAUAUGGUUCAACGACAGGAGAGGCUGAAAACGGUUUACCGUUUUAGCUCAAUCUCCUGAAUAAGAUACAGAAGAUGCUGAAUAUGGUUCAACGACAGGAGGGGCUGAAUACGGUUUACCGUGUUAGCUAAAACCUCCUCAAACGAUACAGAAGGGGCUGAAUAUGAUUCACCAACAGGAGAGGCUGAAUACGGCUUGCCGUAUUAGCUCAAUCUCCUGAAUAAGACACAGUAGAGGCUGAAUAUGGUUCUGAGAUAAGAAGCUGAAUGCACGUUUCAGUAGUAGUUUUAAACGUACUAAUGACUUAAAAAACUGGGCAACAACGAGUAGUUUUGGCAGCUAUGACACCCUUGACUUUGGUCAGAUAAUACCUAUAUUUUUAUGGGGGGGACCCAGAGCCAUUUAUAAGCGCACAAAGUAUAUACAUGGUUUCCAGCAUUUUUUGCUAAACAUAUCAAUAUGCUGGCUUAAACAAAAGCCACAUAACAUAU